GGCAUAAAGCAAUCAAAACAGUGGCUGAGACGGAAUACGAGAGGUCUGGAGUAUUUAUCAUUUAAUGAUAUAUUCUUCGUUUUAAAGGCACCGCUGAGGACUAGCGAUGGCUGGUUUACCACCCGGGGACCCGAAGCUCGUCUCUAUGAUUGUGAAUCAUUUAAAAAGUCAAGGGCUUUUUGACCAGUUCAGAAGAGAUUGCUUGGCUGAUGUGGACACAAAGCCUGCUUACCUGAAUUUAAGACAGCGCGUGGAUAAUUUUGUGUCCAACCACCUUUCCAAUCAUACCUGGAGCCCGCACCUAAAUAAGAACCAGCUGAGGAACAACAUCAGGCAGCUUGUUCUGCAAUCAGGAAUGUUGGAGGCUGGUGUUGACAGAAUAAUUACCCAGGUUGUGGAUCCCAAGAUCCACCACAAAUUUAAACCACAGGUGGAACGAGUCGUUCAUGAUUAUUUAACCUCUAUAAACCAAAAGGAAUCUGAUCAGAUAGUUAGUUCAGCCCAGAUUGAAGAGAAGCAAGAUUAUUUCAUAGCAACUCCAGGAACUUCCUCUGGGCCAAGUACUACCGUAGCCAGUGAUGCCAUGUCUAUUCUGGAUACAAUUACAUCCUUAAACCAAGAGGCAAGUGCAGCCUGGGCAUCAACAGAGAGCAUAGCAGGGAAGAGCGUUGACAGAACAGCCAGGAGAGGCAGUUCACAGAUUGCUGAUGGUGGGUUAGAGAAAGAAAAGUACCUGGAAGAAUCGAUGGGAAAAGAGAAGGCAGACCUGGACGAGGCAGUGGAGGAGAGCUGUGCCGUUGAGGAAGAAACCCCAGAGAAUGCUCUUCAGGCUAGCGAGGAUGCUUUACACACAGUCCAGGAGAUCAGCGACCCGAUUGAGCCAAGCAAGGAAACCGCAGAGGAGAGUGAAGACCCUGAGAAUAUGAGUGAUAAGCGAGAGGAAGGAAAAGAAAAGAAUGUCUCUAAAACAAAAGAAGAAGCAGCAGAAGCAGCUCCAACAGAAAAGGAGGGCGAGGAGCAGAAAGCACCUAGCGAGAAGCAUAUUAUUAAACAGAAAGCCAGGGAGAGACUAAAAGAAGAGUAUUCUUUGGAGGACUCGGACCUGGAAGGGCUUAGUGAUAUCUCUGUGAGCUCCGUCCACACCAGUGACUUGUCCUCCUUCGAUGAGGAGAGUGAAGAGGAGCCUCCACUUUCUGACAGCACAGAGGAGGGAGAGAUCACUUCGGAGGAUGAAGAGUACCAGGAGACAAAAACAAACAGCACAGCAAGAGAAGAGAAUGAAGAUCGUAAACCCAGAGCAGGACGGCAAGCCUACGUCCACAAGCCUUUCCUUUACUCUAAGUACUACAGUGAUUCUGACGAUGAGGUGACUGUGGAACAGCGACGACGGUCUAUUGCUAAAGACAAAGAAGAGAGGCUGUUGAAGAGGCAGCAAAACCGAGAGAAAUUGGAGGAGAGGCGCAAACACAAAGCUGCAGAGAAAGGAAAGCCUCAAGAAACUCUGCAUUCGGUGGAACAAGAUGUCCAGAUGAUCAACGACAAAGUUCAAAGGAAGACGGGGACAGUGUCGCCAAGUUCAGACUCCCAGGGAGCGAGUGUUAAAGAGGCCCUUAAAGAGCAGAAAGUACUGGAGAAGAAAGUGGCUAUCAGCAGGAGAAGGAAGAGAAACUCAAGAAAAGACGGGGAUGAUGGUACUAGUCAAAAGAGAAAACGUGAACCAGAAGAUGAAUUCAAGGAACUACUGAAGAAGGCUGAGACAUCAGAAACAUAUGCAAAGGAUCCAAAACCACCUUCUUCAAAAAGCCAGUUGCUGAAGCCUGUUCGAAGACUUUCAGAGUCUGUUCAGUCUGCAGAAGAAAGCAAGCAUGAACACAGGAGGAAAAGAUCAGGCAGCACUGUUUCCACAUCUCCACAAGCUGAUGAAACUGCAGCAGAAGUGGGAGAGUUGAAAGAACCCAAAAAGCUGCUGGAAAAAGUUAAAGUCCACUCUUUUCUAUCAGACCUUGAUCCAAGUUAUGAUGAAACCUACAAACCAAGAGCCACAGGAAAAAUUGAAAAGCAUCUUAAAAAGGAGACAAUUUCUGAUGCAGAAACAGAGUCUGGGAAAAAGAAGGAAGUUAAACAUCCGAAAGAAAAAAGUGAAAAGGAAAGAAGUAUGCUGGACGAUAAAGUCAAACACAAGAGCAAAAGUGACAAGGCGCAGAAAACCGGUGAUGCUGCUGAGCAUCAUGCAUCAGAAGGUAAAGGGAUGGAGAAUUUGCAGAAGGACAGUGGUCAUCAAGUUAAGGCUUCAUCUGACGAAAAGUCUGAUAGAAAGAGCAAAGUUAAAAAUGACAGGAAAUGUUUGACUUCGGUCAAGGAUGUUAGGCUGGUGAUUUCAGAGGUGACCUCCGAGGAUGUUUUGCACAAAGACGGCACAAGAAAGGUCAAAAUAUCUUUAGCUGAUCAACCGAAAGCGGAGCAGAAGGUAAAGGGUGACCGGUCAUUGGUUAGAAGUGACACUAAAGUUCAGCUCGGUGCAGGAUGUAGUUCGAAGGAGAAUCCUGUCUCUCAAAAUAAAGUGGAAAGUUCUUCUGAAGACAGGUCUGAUAUGGAGCUUGGAUCUGAGAGUGGUAGAAAAAAAGAAAAGCUCCUCAAAGAUAUUAAAAAGAGAUCCAAGAGCUAUUCUGAUGAUAGGCAUGUGGAAAAGAUUAGAUCCAGGACCGAGAACAAAGAGGCCAAAGCAAGUGACAAAGAAGGCCUGGGCCCUGAAAGCAAGUCAAAGGUGGAUCAAUCAUCAAAGGAGAGCCAUCACACUGAGAAGAGUCACUUGGGUGCGGACGUUGAUCGAAAAUCCAAGGAUUCUGACUCCUGUUUAGAAGUAAAAGCAGCUACAGAAUCAGAGAGUGAAAGCACCGGACGAUCUAGUUCACAGAGAGACAGCAGUCACAAACUGAAAGCAGAAAAGCCUGCUUCAAAAUCUGCUAAAGGAACAUCAAGUUCAAAGACAGAAAAGAAAUCUCAGGGAACUGAACACAAAAGUAAAAGUGCAAAACCAAGCCACAGACUGGAGGCGUUGAAGGAGAGGAAAAAGGAAGGUGGCAUCAAGGAAGAAAAGAAGGCUCCUGUUGAAAAGCCUCAGAGUAAAACUAAAGAAGACACCCAAGAGAUGCUAGAAAAUGAGCAAGAAAGCAAAGAGGUCAAGAAGGCUGUGGAUAAAAAAUUCAGCAUAAAAGAAAUAGAGUCUGAUAAGCGGAAAGGAAGUACAUCUGUAUCGCAGGUUUCAGGUAGUCUGACUGAUGUUUCUGAACAAGAAGGUAGUACCACAGAGGGCAGUUCAACAUCACCACAGGAUAUUGAAGUCAUAGACAACCUUAACCGUUCUGUACAGGAAAAUGUGCCUGUGAGCCUGACUGCCUUUGCAGCUUCUGAAACUACAGAACCAGAGGAAGGUGCUUCAGUGUGCAGGUCUGAAUCUGAUCAUACCGGUUUGGAAGGAAAAGGCAGCCCAACAGAGAUUGUCUCAAAAACCGUUUUGGCUAAAGACAACAGUAUGGAAUCUGAAGCUGUAGAUACUGUUUCAUACAAAAUUGCUGCAAGUAAUUUGACUCCUGAACUUGAAGUGAAAACACCAGUGGCAGCUGUUCCAGUAGUGCGUGGCACUGGUUCUGGACAGGAAUUGAAAGAGGCUGAGGCAGAGAGUUCUAAACAAGACACACCGGCAUCUCAAGAUGCUGAGUCACUGACAAACAAUCAAGAAAUAGUGGUUGAGCUUGGAGACCCAGCUCCUGUACAUGAAGAUGAAACCAAUAAAGAGGCAUCUAAAACUAAGGAGGAGGCUGAUUUUCUGGUGAAGAAUGUGGAGUUGGAAGAAGAAUCGACCACUCCAGUGGAAAUUAAAUAUAACCAAGAGGGCAAAGUAGACUGUGUUGAUCAACAAGAAGCAGCAACUGAAGGUGUCUGUAAAGAAGAAAGAAAAGAAGUCCAAAGAGCUGAUGAGGUUUCUGUACACGAGGAACUACCCAUUAUUAACCUGCCCAGUGGUGACUCGCUUACCAAUAUCAAACAGAGAACUGAGCAGCCUGCCCCCAUUUCCAUUCAAGAACAUGAAGAACCAGACCUGAAGACUAAAGAAGCAGCCUUGGCAUUGCUUUCCAUGGAUCCACAGAUCCCAGUUCAGGUUGAAGAAGAAACACAGACACAGUUAUUAGCUGAAGCCAUACCACGAGAAAGCUCACUGGUGGAAGCUGAUGUGGGUGGUUUCAGUAGUACUCAGAAGUCAGACGUGAUACCAGAAAAUGAAUGUCUUGGAGCAGCAGAGCACAAAGAGUCAGCUCUACUGGUUAGAGAACCAGAAGAAAAGAAGGAAGACACAGAGGAGAUGAUAAAAGAGGGACCAUCACUGGGAAAUGAUGAAAGUGAAGUACCUCCUGAAAAAGACACUGCAAAGAAAGAUGAAGCCACCAAUGAAAGUGAAUCUAAAAAGAAGGAUAAAGGAAUGCCUGGAACUACAUCUCAAGACAAACAGGAAGCAGAAAUAAAAGAUACUUCCAAAGAGGGAAAGACUCCUCGAAGAGGUAGACUGCCCAAAACCUCUGCCAGUCGUGUGAAGGACACUGCAGAUGGACAGGUCAGUGGGCAUCCUGUGGAAAACAAGAAAGGAGAGAACAAAGAUUUCCCACUGAUUCCUCCUCAUGAAGGAAACACUGAUAUUCCUUUAGAUGAGGACAAAGCUGAUUACUCAGAAAGCUCAGAGCCAAAUCCUGCCACAGAAACAGGAAAAACAUGCAGUAAACUAGAAGCAACAGAAGAAACUGAGAUGCUGUCAGCAGAAACAUUGUUGGAGGAAAACAAGUCUGAAGGUGUUGGGAAGGAGACGUCCCUGGAAAACGAACCUAAACGUACACAGCGGCAGCAGUUACAAACCACAGGAGAUGAAGGUCAGCAAUAUUUGGGUCAGGAAUUGGAGAUGAAAGAGGAGUGUAAAGAGUCUGAAAUCAAAUCUGAUAAUGGAAAGGCGGAAAUGACAGACAAAAAGAGGAGAGGAAGAGGAAGACCAAAACGGGUAUCUGUUUCAAGUGAACCAAUGCUGGCGAAAGAAGAGGAAGCUGAAAACAAAGUAGUGAGUGCUGAAAAAUUAGAAGAGGGUAAAGAAUCUAAACAACCCAAAACUGAAAAGCAGACUGCUGCAGCAGAAAUGCCCACAGAGGAACCUCCCCUGGUGAAAGGAGCAGGUGAACCAUCUGUGAGUAAAGAUGAAAUUGGCGACGCUGAAGAUCAGAUCUCUGAUAAUGAAGACGAGAGAAAGUCAGCUCGCAGAGGAAGACCCUCAGGUAAGUGUGCAUCAAAACUGAAGAAACUUGUAGUUUGAUUGAAGUGUUAAGGCAGUGGAUGCACUCAUACAUUCCCAUUAAGGCUUCAGUAUAUCCACAGAGCACGUGUAGAAUCUGUUAUGGUAGUCUAUCCCAGCAUCGGCCACUUAGU